AUGUCUAUGCGGGGGUCCAUGAGGCGUUCGCACCUGAGACAGGUCAGCGCAGCCACUCUGGACUCGGUCUCCACGUCCCACUCCGACACUCACACAACCCAACAUGACGCUCUCAGCGACCAUCCGUCCAGCCCAGAUGGCAAGACCACCUUCGGAUUCCCAUCAACGGGGCUAGAUCGGCGGAAGUGUUCUCUAUGGGUCCACGACGAGACAUUCUCCAAGGAGGAGAUCUUGUUCAGCCAGGCCGCGUUCGCAGACACGGGCGUGCGCGAUGGCGAUGUCAUUGAGAUCUUAUCGACCUGGUCUCUUCCGGACGCGCCGCAGACCGUAAAGCCUGAUUUACGCUCGAGGUCGCUACGUGAUGGCGGGCAUGUUGACACCAGUCCGUCGUCGCGGUCCCAGGCGAUGUCCAAGUUCAAGACGCCGCUCCAGACACGCUGUUUGUUUGUGGCUAAACCGCUGCCGCAGGAGAUUGGGAGCCGGCACCCCAAGCUGGAGCUUUCUGUUACUAGCAGUGUUGCCAACAUAUUUGGCUUCAAGAAUAGAAGCUCAGUGUUUAUUUCCAUUGUUGAGCAGGCGCAAUGUGCUGCGUCUCAUGUGGACAUAUCUUUCCGUGACCAGUUUUUGGUGCGCUCUGACAUGUGGAGGCUCGUUAUGUCGGAACUUGCCGGGAAAAUAGUCUAUAAGGGCCAGAAGAUCGUGUUCAUGGGCCACAUCAAGGCGACUGUCAAGAACAUCUUUAUCCGGGGGAAAAAGGUCCUUUCGGGAUUCUUCUCGCCGCAGACCAUACCUGUGUUCCGCAGCGAGGCUGCGAAGUAUGUCUUGUUCAUUCAAAUGUCGAGGGAAAUGUGGGACUUUGACUCUGAAGGGACGGGAGAUAUCCUCUUCAGCAGGGUUAUCAAUGGGUUUUUGCCGGAAUUAUUCAAGCGAUGGGCAAAUGCAGACGCGAGGCACCUGGUCACUAUUGUCCUAUUCACUCGGGUUGAGUAUGAUGCCUCGACUACUGGACUUUCAACUUCACUUAAUUCCGAGAGUCUGAAGAAUACGUUCAGCCCGAACCAUGUCCCUGCUCGGGACUUCUACCGUGUUGUGGUCAAUGAUAUGGCCAGUGGCCAUUGGACCACUAUUCUUGACGAGUUGAAAAAGGAUUUCAGGACGUUUUUAAGAGAUGUAUCGAUUUUGAAAAUGCCAGAGGAUCCCGUUACACCUUUCACGAGUGCGAACGCCACUCCACAUGCCACCAUUGGGGGGCGUCCCAGCACUGCGCUGCGCGGCAAUAUCCUAGAAGCAGUCCACCUCGCUUCUUCACAUUUGGCAUUUGACCACAUCGACCGUGAUAUGGUCCAUACUGGAACAUCCAUCAUUGUCAUCACCCCGGGUAGUGGCGUCUUCGAAGUGUCUUAUGAGUCUUUAACUUCCACCACCGAAGCGCUCACGAAUCGGGGGAUUGCAAUUGAUCUGGUCUGUCUUAGCCCGAUGCCACUCCACUCCGUGCCUUUAUUCAAAUACCGCGAGCCGAGUCGUGGACAGCCCACCUCUUCCUACGGUGACAUUCAAAGCGGUGGUUAUUCACCAGAGAUGCGUCACUCGUUUGCAAGUCUGACCAACCGAACUUCCCACUUCUCCCCGAAGUCAACCAUUUCUAGCACCCCUCCAGCAAGUAGCCAUCGCACUCCCUGGCACCGUGCGCAUGACUGGAGUUACGGCAUUCCGCACUGGCUUGAUAUUUCGUACUGGAACCCUGAGACGUAUAGAGCUUCACGGCGGAUACUGAAGAAGGACCCGAACGCUCCUAUCCCUUUCACCGUGACUAAAAAAUCGAAGGUUUUUACUCCUCGAGUACGCAUGUACGAGAUACAAAUGGGUGGAGUCAUGGAAAGUGAACAAUCGGAUAUCUCUAUCCCCUAUCUCUUUGAAGGUUACGGUACUUCCAGAGGCCUGAACUCAGUCUCCCUUGCACCAUCUAGGUCCUCGUUUAGACGGAACUCCCUGCUCAAGAAUCAGUUGAGUGAUAGUUUACGACCAGAUCCCUUUUUGCAGCAUAUGGGAGGUCCAAAGGAAAUGACACUGGCCAAGUCGCAGAACGCAUCUGCAAAUGCAGCCUGGAUGGACAAUUAUGAUGAUAUGGUAUUUCGACCGUUCACACGACGGAACCAUCGCCGCAGGCACACUAAGCCGAAACGUCUAAGUGAGCCCGAGGUUCAGGCCUCUAGUACACACGAGCGGCUUUCUGCAAGGUCAGUAACGCAUCUAAGGGAACAAGAAGUGAACCCGAACGAAUGGCCACGGAAAGAGGCAACUCCAAAGGUGCCUGGCAACAAGGCUGGUUCACCUAGGAAGCCCGCUUUAAAGGCUUCCUCCAAAUCAAAAACGCCGCGAAUCUCGCGCACAAUCAGUUUUGCUCUCAGAGGGCUAGGAGUUGCUCCACCCAGGGCCCAGGCAAGCACAGAAGUUAAUGUAGAACACGCUACGGGCAUGCCGACCUCGAAUACGAAGAAGGGUUCAGGGGCUCUUAAAGAAUCGAAGAGCAUGGAGUCUUUAAGCACAUCCGAUUCUGCAUCAACAGCAACGGUCGUCGAGGCCUCGCCUGCUCCAAGCACCCCUCCCAAGCCGCGCAAAAGCCCUACUAUAACACCUUCGAGGCCGAUAUCAAUCAAAGUCCCGGCAAAGACAUCCGCUGAGGACCCGGAACAACCAACGCGCUCCGUGACCGAGUCAUUCUCAGCUACCGGUCCCGAGCAUCCUUUGAACGAGAAACCUGGCGAGCAUCAGACUAAAAAGACGAUUCCUAGGCUUGAAUUGACACCAAGCGCUGGCUUACGAGAGCCAUCUGGCAAAUCCUCCCAAAGCAGGUUGCUUUCUCCUUGGGUCCGUUCCGUGAACCCUUGUAAUACUCCUAGAGAGGUUUCGCGGGACACCAGCUGGUUCGGUCGCUGGCAGCAUGCCUAUCCUAGGCCACCUCAUGUUGCUGUUGUCAAAUGGAAGAGUUUGAAGUCACCUGCUGUUUUGCCAUUGACAACAGAGGAGUUUCCCACCGCAAGUGAGCUUGCAUCUGAUUAUUUGCAAACUCCUUAUAGAGUAUUCCCAAAUGAUGAUGCGGAGGGCCUAGACGCACCGAAAACUACGGGGGUGCUACUGCGGGAAAUGAUUUCCCUGCGCCUUUCUCACGGUUUUCAGAUCGUUAUAGGAGAAAGAGUAGUUGAGGCAUCAGGACGGUAUACUCUCAAAUCGCCAAAUGUCUUCGACACCCAUGCCCUAGAAAGGGACGGCACGACUGUCUUCCUUUCGAAAGGUCAUUCAAUACAUCGCCUUGUUUGUACUGGAGGGAAUGAGAUUGAGGUCACCCGGUUUCUACAUAGAAGUCUUUCCGACCUGGCACCUGAAAAGAAGAGUGGACUUGACGAUACGUAUUCUGCAGCUAUGCGAACAAUCCUAAGUCGCGAGUACUAUGUGAAGCACAUGAAGCUUCGCCCUUCAACAGAAGAGUACAACUGGAACUACGCUGAUAAUUACGUUGCUGGCCAUCGCGACUAUCUAUUCAACCCGGCACAGCAACUCCAUUUCUGGCGUGUUCGAUACGUCCUGAUUCCAGUGCAUCUACAUAUGCAUUCCCGCUGGCACAUGCAGCCUAUAAAUCAGGAUAACGAAGAGGAGAUCCAUUUGCUUGGUAUCAAUCAGCUCACCCUUACUUGGCAGCGGCAUAAAUACGUCCCCCCGGAGGAGAAAAGAAUCGAAACAUCCAACAAGCACAGAGAGCAAAACCCGCUGAACAUCAUGUACCAGACGAGGAAUCCAUCGGAAGUGGUUGCCGCAGAGUUGAAUCUACUUGCAGACCCAGGGCUAGAUAGUUUCCCAGCACAGCUGCUGCCAGAAUCUGAACUGUUGGAACGCUCCAAUAUCAGCCUGGCAUCUCUAGCUCAUAUUAUUCAAGGAGAAAAGGGGGUGAGAAUGAUGGACCGCAGAUGGCAUUGGAGGCUACACUAUAACUGUUUUAUUGGCUCCGAACUCACGACGUGGCUCUGUCAAAACUUCCGGGAUAUUGACAGCCGUGAAGAAGCCGUCGAUUUUGGGAACAAGCUGUGGGACCGUGGCCUAUUCCAGCACGUGGAGAAGCGGCACAACUUCAGGGAUGGUAAUUACUUCUACCAAAUUUCGAGCGAGUACCGCGUUUCACAUCCUGAAUCUAGGAACAGCUGGUUCCCUCAGAUCAGGCCGGACAAGUCAACCCCGUCAACUCCUGCAACGGCGGAUAACUGGAAGGAUUCUCCUGUGAGUGUUCACUCGCGGACUACUAGCCUUGAUCAAGCGGCUCCUCAAACGCCGAAUACGCCAACGAAGUCGAAAAACAAAGCCUCUGUUAUGCUGUCAAAGACGUUGAAGUACGAUGUCGAUCCUCGCAAGCGCUCGAAUCGCCCCGAAGUUAUCGAUCUGCACUACGAUCGGUUGCAUAAUCCUGACAACUGCUUCCAUAUUGAACUAAGCUGGAUGAACACUACCCCGAAGCUUAUUGAGGAUACAGUUCAGUCUUGGGCCGCGACUGCAGAGAAGUUCGGGCUCAAGCUUGUGCAGGUGCCUAUCGCUGAAGCCAGUGCGAUUGAUCAAACGCAACCUUUCCGCCGUCCAUACAGGGUUAAGCUGAAGGUUCCUCCUCCCAAGGGACCCAGCUCCGCUGUUUUCAGCACCGCCUCAUUUACGCAAGAAGUCGCACCGGACGCCCAUUAUUUCCAAAAGCUCAUUCUGAAGAAAUUUGAUUUUGUGCUAGACUUCGAAGCACGGUCUGACUUCCCACCGGAUGUUGAUGUUGGCUAUUCGUGGGGAGGACCCGACUAUCGGUACUCCCAGUACAUCCAUCAGUCAGGUAGCCUUCUCGUGCAGAUAACAGACGAGGGGGACUUUCUGGUCCUAGCAAACAGGCUUGUCAGCACAAGGACUGUACCCAACAGUCGCGACAUUCCCCGACAUGACCGGCCCGAGCAGUACCGGGCCCGUGCAGGAACCUACGAUCCGAUAGACCGCCCCUCUCCACGUCUCUCUCCCCUCGUCCGCCCAAUUCAUGAUAUCGGCGGCUCAAUGAGUCCGCAGAGCCACUCUGGCUUUGAUUCUGCAAACCUCUACCGUGCGCCGGAGAACAUCCUGCACGGGUUUGAGGAAUUUUGCAAUGACCCUAUUCGGUUAGGGCAGUUGUACAGCGAGUCUUUUGUUUACCCAGCUUCAGCAAAGGCAGCACCUACAACGACAUCGCUUGUUGAUGCGUCUAUUCCGUCUUUAGAGCUACCUGCACCUGUAAUCAACCACCACAUCUCCCCCCCGCCGGGAACGCCGUCGAGGCCAAACACUGGGACCAGACGCGAAAAUCUACCAUUGCUUGAUCCUAGGAGUCGGCAGAGGGAUGAUAGCUCGAUUACCAAGGGGAGCCCCAGAAGUGGAGGGCUGCGGCCGUUGAACUUGAGCGGGGCCUGA